AUGGCCUUUGCUGUUGAUGAGAUCAACAAGAACUCCAACCUGCUGCCUAAUGUGACUCUGGGAUACAGACUGCUAGUAUCGGAUGAUGAUUAUGGAUUCCAUGCUGCCCAGUCCUUCCAGUUUGACCUGGCUCAGUCUGGUGGAGGUUGUCUGGCCUACCUGCAGUUUUUGUAUUACUUGGAAAAGGUCAACUUCACCACACCCUUUGGUGAUCAGGUGUCAUUUGAUGAGAAUGGUGAUGCCUUACCAAUCUACGAUGUCAUGAACUGGCUGUGGCUCCCUGAUGGACGAACAAAAGUUCAGAAUGUGGGAGUUGUUAAAAAGACCACUUUCGCAGGUGAAGAACUCACACUUGAUGAAGGAAAAUCCAUGGAGUGCAUCAGUUGUCCAGAGGACUUCUGGUCCAGUCCUCAGCGUGACCACUGUGUUCCGAAGAAGACAGAGUUCCUCUCCUACCAUGAUCCUCUGGGUAUCUGUUUGACAAGUGCUUCAUUGCUGGGCACAUUUAUCUGUGCUGUUGUCCUGGGGGUCUUCAGUUAUUAUCGCAGCACACCUGUGGUACGCGCCAACAACUCAGAACUGAGCUUUCUGAUUUUGGUGUCGCUGAAACUAUGCUUCCUGUGCUCGCUGCUGUUCAUUGGACGACCCAGACUGUGGACAUGCCAACUGAGACAUGCAGUGUUUGGGAUCAGCUUUGUGCUUUGUGUCUCAUGCAUCCUGGUCAAGACCAUGGUGGUUCUGGCUGUUUUCAAGGCCUCCAAACCAGGAGGUGAAGCCAGUCUCAAGUGGUUUGGUGCUGUGCAGCAGAGAGGAACAGUUUUAGUUCUUACUUGCAUUCAGGCAGCCAUCUGUGUUGUGUGGAUUGUCUCGGCAUCUCCACUGCCUCACAAAAACACUCAGUACCACAAUGACAAGAUAGUUUAUGAGUGUGUGGUUGGUUCCACUGUUGGUUUUGCUGUGCUAUUGGGUUAUAUUGGAUUCCUGGCCAUCCUCAGCUUCCUGUUAGCAUUUCUGGCCAGGAAUCUUCCCGACAACUUCAAUGAGGCCAAGCUCAUCACUUUCAGCAUGCUGAUCUUCUGUGCUGUGUGGGUGGCCUUUGUUCCUGCUUAUGUCAACUCCCCAGGAAAAUAUGCAGAUGCAGUGGAAGUAUUUGCCAUCCUGGCCUCCAGUUUUGGCCUCCUGGUGGCCCUGUUUGGACCCAAAUGUUACAUAAUUCUGCUGAGACCAGAGAGGAACACAAAGAAAGCAAUCAUGGGUCGAGCCACCUCUCAGUCAUGA